AUGGUUUAUGGAGAUUGCAAAGUCUCGUUUAAAGAACCAAACACAAAAUUAACCAAUAUGUCUCUUGUGGAUCAAAUACUUGGCAAAGGAGCAGUGGCGGAUUUAUGUGUGUGGAAGGACAAGAUAAACUCGGGGAUAACACUUGUAACUGCCACACUUUUCUGGUUCCUCUUGGAGAUCAUGGAGGCUCGAUUUGUUCCACUCCUCUGUUCAAUCCUGUUACUCCUCAUGCUCCUCCUCUUCCUUUGGGCCAAGUUCGGACAACUCUUUAUCGCUCGGAGACCUCCCACUCCGGAAGAGCUGAAUCUACCAGAUUCCCGACUUAGAGCCUUGCUUUUAAAGACAGAAGGCAUUCUCCUUAUGCUGUACGAGAUUGCUUAUGGGAAAGACAUCAAAACCUUUCUCUGGACCAUCUUUUAUGUGGUCAUCAUAGACAUCAUUGGGAGCUACAUCAGCCUCCUCACAAUGUUGUAUAUAUGCUUAGUCUGCUCGAUGACAACUCCGGUUUUGUACCUUCAAUUUCAAGAGGUCAUCGACAGUUUCAUCGGGAAGGUAUCGGAAGAGAAAAACAACUUAAUUGAUGUAUUCAAGUCCACAGUUGCCUCAAAGAUUCCUAGGGCCACCAAGGUGGAGUAGUUCAUACUUCAUACGGGCGAAUCGAAAGAACCUCUCUAUAUGCUAUACUAUAUCAAUGUUUUAACUUAUUUGUAUUCCGUAGACCUAAAAACUUGUGUUUAAAGGAUUUUACUACCA